CAAAUUCCUACUAUACCACUGGUGACGGCCUGUAAAAUAUAGACACAGCGUUCAGACACGAGGGUAUCUCCGGAAACAGCGACGCGGAUUGUGUGUUAGAAGAAGAUGGCGGUGGACACGGGUAACGUGAAUGAAGAAGGAAACCCCGAGAUCGAUUACAGCGACCCUGGAGCCGCUCUGUUUGGGAAUUUUAUCAAUUAUUACAGCUUCAAUCCCCCGGAGAAUCGACUCAGCCUCAUCCCGGCUUCUCUGCUGCAGGAGCUGGGCUACAGCAGAGCCGCAGACCGCGCACCCUUGCUGAUGCUCGAUGUAGGGUGCAAUUCGGGAGAUUUGAGCAUCGCCCUGUACAGGCAUCUGCUGGGUCUGGAGGACGGCUCUUCACAGCCUGGGGCAGGGGGAGCACUGGGGGGAAGGAAACAGCUCCACCUGCUGGGCUGUGACCUGGAUGAGACCCUGAUCCAGAGAGCGCAAGAGGGGAAUCCGUUCCCCGAGACUGUCACCUUCCUCCCCCUGGACAUCACCGACCGCGGGGCCCGCGAGGAGGUCCUGGGGUCCUACCUGGCUCGAUGCGGCCGGCCCGCAUUCGACCUGUGUGCCUGCCUGGCCGUGACCAUGUGGGUCCACCUGAACCAUGGGGACCAGGGGCUGCUGGAGCUGCUCUCCUCCCUGGCUGCCCUCUGCCACCAUCUGCUGCUGGAGGCCCAGCCCUGGAGGUGCUACCGCUCGGCUGCACGGCGCCUGCGCAGGGCGGGCAGGACGGACUUCGAGCACUUCAAGCAGCUGCGUGUCCGGGGGGUCCUGGGGAUCAGGGGCCACCUGGAGUCCCGCUGCGGGAUGAAGCUGGUGCGCAGCUUCGGGCACACGGCCUGGGGCAGAAGCCUGCUGCUGUUCCGGAGAUGCUGCCCCGAGGAGGAGGAGGAGCCCUCGUCCAAGAAAGUAAAGAAGAGAACCCUGCCAGCCUGAGCUUGUUACCUGUACACUGGGGCUGAGCAGAACCAGAGUGAAGCCUGCAGGGGUGAGACUGCUAGCCAUCCCUCACCCUGACUUCAUACUGUAGUACUGAAUCUGAGAUUUCAAAUACAUUCUGUACAAUACAUAACAGCAAGCAGUCUCAGAGGCUUUUGGGAUUCAGAACCAGGCUGGACCACGUGGGCACAUCAGCAGAGGUGUAGGGGAUGGGCUUAUUCUUCAGAAAGGGGGGCAGUUUCAGUAUUUUGCAGCCGAAACCCUGGAUGUGGAGGGGAUUAUUGAAAUGGUGUGUCAAUGGAAUGUGCAUUUUAUUUCAGAUUUUACGUUUUAUUCCUGAUACUGGACCGUAAUUAUGAUUUUAUUUUUGGUUUUUAAGUUUGAUUUAGUAAUAUUACCUGCAACAGUUGACAUGCUGUACAGUAAGCAAAGAUUUGGGACAUUUUCACAUUUAGGUGCUGUUACAGUUUUGAACCACAAGGUGGCGGCGAUGUGCACUAAAAUACUGUAAAUGUAAAACUUUCUGUUUGAACACAUUACUUUUGUUGCAUUUAAGCAGUAAAUACAGAAUUCUGUAUAUGUCUGUAAAAUAUAAUAGAGAAUUGGCUGUACUCUGUUUAUUUGUUUAAAUUUUACAGAAGUGACUUUAUAUUACUGAAAUGCCAUUUAUUUUGCAAUGUUUAGUUUAUUGGUAUAUGCAUGUAAUAGACCCUAUAAUCUCUGUGUAAUUGUUGCUUGUGUUCGUACGCAUUCAGCUUCUUUAUUAAAAAAAAUAAAUUGUCAAAAAUCAAA